AUGUGUUCCAAUUUCUGGCCUUGCACCGACCAUCCAAUGGACCAUGGACUAAACGGCCACUGCCUGAAAGGACUAUGUCCAGGGGACCGCCGCCCCCCCCACAAGGUACAUCUCGCGCCUAUGGGCCGCUAUAACUAUCCAAGAAGACACUCGAAACUGGAAGGAGAAACAAACCCACCCGGUGGACUGCCGAGCGGAAAGUCCUACGACACAGGAGCGGGAUUCUCUAAAAAGCCAAGGUCGUGGGUGGCCAAGAGGGCCCACUUGGAGACUUGGGAUCUCAGCAGGAAAUGCGAAGGUUGCAACAAGCCGGCCGGCCAAAGAGAAUCAACUAGUUUAGUUCUGAUCUGA